AUGGAAUGCCCAGCUCGCCCACUCCAUCACGCCGAGAUGACCACAGCCACCCCUUUGGGGGGUAACGCCGUCUACUCACUGAACGUGACCACCAGAGAAGACUUUCUGUACAAGAGUUCUGGAGCCAUCGUUGCUGCCAUUGUGGUGGUUGUCAUCAUCAUCUUCACCGUGGUUCUGAUCUUGCUGAAGAUGUACAACAGGAAAAUGAGGACGAGACGGGAGCUGGAACCCAAGGGCCCCAAGCCAGCUUCCCCUUCUGCCCUGGGCGCAAACAGCAAUAUCAGCCAACAGCCUGCAACGGUGACCUUCAGCCCUGUUGAUAUCCACGUGGAGGCUCGGUGA